GUUCAGCAGGUCUGCUAACGUUGAUAAGCUCUGUCUAAUAUCACGGUGCUGCUCGCAGCCUCCGGUCUCUGCUAGACUCGAGAUAAAGACGGAAAAAAUGAAGUUGAGGAAGACGGUUUGUGGAAAGUGAGGUAGAAUGAGAGGUAUGAGAGUUAAGGGAAGCGAGGGUGACAGGUUUGUGCCGUUUUAACGCCGGAUUUGCGAUCCUGCCAGCCAGACGGAGGGAGCCAGACGGCUUUAGCAGCUAGCUCGCCAUGGGGAAGGAGGUAAACGGGGUGUCGCGGAGUCGCUUUGAGAUGUUCUCAAACAACGACGAGGCCAUCAUCAAUAAGAAGCUGCCCAAGGAGCUGCUGUUACGAAUUUUUUCCUUCUUGGAUGUGGUCACACUUUGCCGCUGUGCACAAGUGUCUCGAUCCUGGAACGUGUUGGCGCUGGACGGCAGUAACUGGCAGCGGAUCGACCUCUUUGACUUCCAGAGGGACAUUGAGGGCCGUGUGGUGGAGAACAUUUCGAAGCGAUGUGGAGGUUUCCUGAGGAAGCUCAGUCUGAGGGGGUGUUUAGGUGUGGGAGACAGUGCACUCAGAACGUUUGCCCAGAACUGCAGGAACAUUGAGCUGCUCAGUCUGAACGGCUGCACCAAGAUCACUGACAGCACCUGUAACAGUCUGAGUAAAUUCUGCCCCAAGCUGAAGCACCUGGACCUCGCCUCUUGCACCUCAAUCACCAACCUGUCCCUCAAAGCACUCAGUGAGGGGUGUCCGUUGUUGGAGCAGUUGAAUAUCUCCUGGUGUGACCAGGUGACCAAAGAUGGUGUCCAGGCUCUUGUGCGCUGCUGCCCAGGACUGAAGGGCCUCUUCCUCAAGGGCUGCACACAGUUGGAAGACGAGGCCUUAAAGCACAUUGGAGCUCACUGUCCAGAACUGGUCACCCUCAACCUGCAGACGUGUUCACAGAUCACAGAUGAAGGUUUGAUAACGAUUUGUCGUGGGUGCCAUCGACUGCAGUCUCUAUGUGUUUCCGGCUGCGCAAACAUUACAGACGCGAUCCUCAACGCUUUGGGCCAAAACUGCCCUCGUCUCAGAAUACUAGAAGUGGCUCGCUGUUCACAACUCACAGAUGUGGGUUUCACCACACUGGCACGGAAUUGUCAUGAGCUGGAGAAGAUGGAUCUGGAGGAAUGUGUACAGAUUACAGACGCCACCCUCAUCCAGUUGUCCAUACACUGCCCUCGGCUCCAGGUUCUGAGUCUGUCCCAUUGUGAGUUGAUCACGGAUGAUGGGAUCCGUCACCUGGGCAGUGGUCCGUGUGCUCAUGACCGUCUGGAGGUGAUCGAGCUGGACAACUGCCCGUUAAUCACAGACGCUUCCCUGGAGCACCUUAAAACCUGCCACAGCCUCGACCGCAUCGAACUCUACGACUGCCAACAGAUCACUCGCGCUGGCAUCAAACGACUGAGGACUCACUUACCCAACAUUAAAGUCCACGCCUACUUUGCACCAGUGACUCCGCCCCCCUCUGUAGGCGGGAGCCGUCAGAGGUUUUGCCGCUGCUGCAUUCUGCUAUGAUGAAGCUCCGCCUCCUUCAACCCAAGCCCCUGUCCUUCAGCCCCUUUACCCAGUAGCACAUGUUGGUGGAUCACCUGAUAGAGAGAGCUAGACUGAGACAGACAGAGAGAGAGACACUUACUCUGAUGUAGUCCGUGUUCUGUUAAAAUGGGCAAAGCUGGUGAGUUUGUCACUUAAAUGAAUGAAACUAGCAUUUUUCAAAUUGUAAAGAAAAUGAAUAGAUCUCAAAAUGAAAUAUUUAUAAGCUCUUUUUUCCUAAUUAAUUAAAAUUAUUAUUAUUUUUCAUCUUAAAUGGGACCACUAUUCCUGAAUACACGUUAGUGGCUGUUUUUUCCUUUAAACCACUAUUUAACUUGGACAAGCCACCACUAAUAAAAUAAUAACAAUAAUAAUAAUAAUUCAGUUAUUUAAGUUAUCUGAGUGGUUUGAUGUAAAAUGGCUCACUGUGUUGCUCCAAAAAUGACUUGAACUAUUUUG